CUUCCAGCCCCUAACACACGCACACACAGAGUGAGAGAGAAGCAAAGGCGCCUCACCUCGUCUACUGUCCGCUUCGGAAGGUGCAGGAUCCCCAACAGCAAUUUCAGCUUCACCGCCGAUGAUAAGCCGUGAAAACACACUCGGAUGUUGUCCACAACGUCCUUAGGUCGCUGCCGCCGCGAUGAUGGCUGUUCCUUCACUGUGUGUCUUCGUUCUGCUCGCUGCCGGAUUGAUAACUGAAGCUAAUGGCGAGUCCGGGACCGUGAUCCCGGCUGAAAGUCGUCCCUGUGUUGACUGUCAUGCAUUUGAAUUUAUGCAGAGAGCAUUACAAGACUUGAAAAGGACUGCAAAUAACCUAAACACCAGGACUGAUGACCUGCUGCUGAGAGUGGAAAAGCGGGCAUUAUGUGACUGUAUGCCUUCAAACCUGUUAGCCUGAUGUAUCAGAGAUGGGCCGUGACACUGCAUAUUCCUGUGUAUCAUGUGACCUACAAAUGAAAUAUGUCUCAAAUGAUUGAGAUGAGCUAAAUAUUCACAGUGUAAUAUUAAAUAUGUUUCAGAGACCUUUUUCAAAAAAAGGCAAAUAGAACUAUUUGAUUCCUGAAGGCACUGUUCUUUGAAAUUCUCUUGCUAUUCCUGUCCUCAGGUGUUCCCUGAAAGUCAUUUUCCUAUCACUUUUUUUUGUUUCUCCCUUUCCCUUCAAUUAAUAUUUCUAAAUCUACUCAGCCUGUCUGUCUUUGAUGCCAAAUAGUUUGAAAUGUAUUUUUCCUGUGAGGAAUAUUUGUGUAAAUGUGACUGCUUGUAGGAUUUAAUUUGUUUGCACUUCUAUUUGUCCCACAUUUAACUAGAAGGCAUGAAAUGUGAUGUAAUUACACAGUUUAAUAAUGUGUUUAUCCAUGUACUACUAACUUCUCAAAGGGAUAGGGCAGGGAAAGGGAGUUGAGGAACCAGUUUAGACAUGAUUCUGUGUGCAGGUUAAAGGGGCCAUUGGUCUACUCUUGUGUUCUUAUAGGAUUCCAUAAUGUUCAAUUAUUGGUGAGUAAAAUGUACUUCACUGUCUGUUGUAAUAAGAUUUAAAUAUUUAUUGGUGGAAAAUGUGGUAUUGUGUACCGUUAACAAGUAAUUUUCUCUGCUAGUAUAUGUUUAUCCUAAAAGUGUAACUUAGUUAACAACUUUCUGAUGCAUGUCAGAGGUAUUAUUUUAACAUGCUGCAUUGAAAUAAAUUCCUACUCAAUUAAA